UUAAUAGUAUUGAUGAUGAUAUUGUCCUGCUGCGUCUCUAUAAAACAAAAUCAAAGAGUAAAGAAGAUGUAGAGAGAGAACUAGGGUUUCCUACCAUGAGUCUCCUCCAUCUUUGCAACAAGGAAGUUGUUCCUUUGGAUCUGCAGAUCGAGAUUCUUAUCCUUCUGCCUUUAAAGUCCCUAGCUAGGUUUAUGGUCGUAUCUAAAUCAUGGCAAGAAAUCAUCUCCAGCAAGAGUUUCAUCAGGUCACGAUCCUUGACUCAUCAUCCUUUGCGUUUCCUACUCGCUUUACACGAUAAAGAUUGCAAAAAUCGACGCAGAAACUGCCGCUUCUUCUUUUCUUCUUCGCUAUCGUCGUCAUCAACAUCCAUACCAACCACUUUUCUAUCCAGUAUAACUUUACCUCUCCGUGAACCCUAUUACCCUACUUAUUACGUUAAUGGUCUGCUGAACAUGGGUAACAUCAUAUGUAACCCUUGCACCGGAAAGACCGUAUAUUUACCAAAGCUUGUCGACAGAACUAAAAGCGCUAGUAGACCAAGCCUAGUCGAGCGCUUUUUUGGAUAUGAUCCUGUCAGUGACCAGUACAAAGUAUUGUGCAUCACCCUGUAUCGUGCACAACACGCAACACCGAGUUACUUUCAGGUAUUCACAUUGGGAGAUAAACCUAAAAGAUGGAGAUUUAUCAAGUGUGACAUUCCUCACAUGUCUUGGUCUAACGGUCUGUGUAUUGAUGGGUUUGUGUACUAUGUUGCCAUGGACAAUGGAAUGUGUCUGAUGAGAUUCGAUUUGAACUCUGAGAAGUUUGAUGUCUUUGCUAGAUUAUCUCAGAAAAUGCGUACUUUGUUUUUUCUUGACAAAGGUCCAAGAACUUUGAUAAACUACCAUGGCAAAGUAGCCAUGGCCCUUCGACCUUCUGACUCAGCGCCUUCAGUUGAUUUGUUCGUUUUCGAAGCAGGAAAACAAGAUUACAAAGAGAAGUCUUUUGAUAAUGUUCCCCAGCUUCAUUUACCUAUAAAAGGUGUUACUAAUGAUAUGGCUGGUGACAUGAUUUUUGCACCUAUCGAUUCCAGAGGUGAGGUUAUUAAUGUUAUCCACCACGAUCUCAAGGGAGCUAGUUUUAAGAAGAUGAAGUUUGAAGUUGACGCAAAGAGUGAAUGUCAAAUUGGGUCAGAUUAUUUCAUGGGUUACGUAGAGAAUCUUAUGCUGCUGUAAGCUAGAGAGAGUUUUUAUUAUUUCCUUCGUUUGCUAUGGGAUGUUGCUAUUACAAUUCAUAUCUCUUUGUCUAAACUUGUUAUUCUCUUUUGGUUGCAUUCAAAUCUUUUCUUGA